AUGAAGAGAACUUUAAUACUAAUUGCUUUGGUCAGCUUAGCAAGUUGCCAAAUCAGUAAAAGUUAAGACUGCACUUGUGCAUAACUUUUAACCUUAGGAGAUUGUGGGAGAAAUUCUAAAUGCACUUGGAAUUUAACAAAAUUGGUUUGUGAGCUACCAUCAAAUACAGGAACAGGUACUGGUACUGGUACAGGAACAGGAACUGUGACUAAGAAUUAUGGAAAAUCACUUUAUUGUGAAGGUUUAGCACAAACAGAAUGCCUUGAUAAAUAUGAAUGUGCUUGGUUAGAUAAUAAAUGUACAUUUUUCACAAGUUGUACACCUUUUGAGAAAGCAACAAAAGAUGAGUGUUAAGCAAUUUCAAAAAGAUGCAUAACAGAUGGAACAAUUUGUGUAGAAAUAGAUAUUUGUGAUAGUUACUCAACUUCAAUAUCAUGUGUUUAAAGUAAGACCAGUUAUUGUGUUUGGGAUGAACCAACCAAAAAAUGUUCUAAUGUGACUGAAUGUAGUUAAUUACCAACAGAUUUGAAAACAGAUGCUGAAUGUAGAAAAUAAUUAAAGAAUGAAUGUACUGCAAAAGAUGGAGGAGGAUGUGUAGAAUCUGGAACUAAUUGUGAAGAUUAAAAAUAAGAAGUUGGAUGUGUAACAAAUAAAGCAAGAACAGUAUAAUGUUUUUGGGGAGAUGGAAAAUGUUUUGAAAAAAAAUGUGAAUUUGCUUUGACUUCUAACAAAACUCAUGCUGAUUGUUAGAAAUUCUCUGAUAAGUGCACUGCUAAAAAAGAUGGAGGUUGUGUUGAUAUUAAGACAUGUUAAGAUGGAUAAAUUCUAGAAGGAUGCAAAAUUGAUAAUGCAGGAAAAGAUUGCUUUUGGGUAGCUACAGAAAACAAAUGUAAAGAUAAGACUUGUGUAAAUGCACCAAAUACAAUGAAAACAAAUUCAGAUUGUAAAUAAUAUUUGCCUAAAUGUAUAACAAAUGGUUAAUGA